AUGACCGAGCUUGUUGGCUCUCAUACUGCAUCCAUUCAAAAAUUGGAGAUGCAAAUGAGAGACCUCUCUAGGGAACAAAAUCCGAAACAAAAAGGGACACUUCCAAGGGACACAAUUGCGAACCCAAAGGAUAGUGGGAGUGGUCCAACUUAUCAUAUCAUGGCAAUUACUACUCAGAGUGGGAAGGUACUACAAGGAAGGAGUGAACAAGUGGUUGAAGUAGAAGAGUCCGAACAUGAGGUUGAGGUUGAAGAGCCAAGUGUUGUUGAAGUUGAAAAGGUUCCGGAAGAAUUGAAAGUGCAAGAAGAAAAACUGGGAAGAGGUAAAGGAAAAGCAUUUCAAGAGAUGUCAGGUUUUGCUAAAUAUUUAAAAGACUUGAUUACCAAGAAGAGAACCACCAAGAAUGAAGUGGUGAAUCUGACUCACAGGGUUAGUUCCAUCAGUGCAACAUCCACCGUUGAAAAGAAAGAAGACCCGGGAGCUUUCACCAUUCCUUGUACUUUUGGGGCACAUGAUUUUGCAAGAGCCCUUUCUGAUAAUGUGACUAGCAUCAACUUAAUGCCUCUUGCCAUUUACAAGCAAGCAGAGUUAGGUAUGCCAAAUCCCACAAGUAUGAGAUUGCAAAUGGCUGAUCGUUCCAUAAAGAGACCGGUGGGAAUUGUCGAUGAUGUGCUUGUUAAAGUGGGAAAGUUUCAUUUACCUGCCGAUUUUGUAAUCCUUGAUUGUGUGGUUGACAAAGAGAUACCUAUCAUCUUGGGGAGACCAUUCCUUGCCACAGGAAGAGCACUAAUGGAUUCAGAACGGAAUGAGAUCAAAUUUCGUGUUAAUGAUGAAGAGGUUACAUUCCAAGCAAGCAAGGGUAUGAAACUACCACUUGAAUAUGAAAGCAUCUUGGUGAUUGAUGUUGUUGAUGAAGUGGAAGAUGCUGUUGAAAUGAAGAUGGAAGAACAAUGCCUCGGUGAGGCAUUGGCAGCUAUUUUGGUGAACUUUGAUGGUGAAGAUAUGGAAGGAUAUAUGGAAUCAGUCAAUGCAUUGGAGGGGCUUGGGUCCUACACUUAUGCUCCAACGAAGCUCACUCUCGACUUGGAGAAUAGAGACACUCCUCCCGCAAAGCCUUAUAUUAUUGAGCCACCGCAACUAGAGCUCAAACCGCUUCCACCACACUUGAGGUAUAAAUUUCUUGGCUCAAAUGAUAGUUUACCGGUAAUCGUUUCUUCUUUGUUUAAUGAUGUGCAGGUAGAAUAA